AUCAGUCUUCCCCCGAACCCGGCAGAAGUAGUCAGAAGUAGUAGCGAAGUUUUGGAGCAGCCCCAGGAGCCCCCAAAAGUCCUACUAGUCACUAAUCCCCUUGAUUGGGAACCCAGUGAAUCCAAGAGCAAGAUGCGUUUGUUCGUACUCGGCCUGCUGGCCCUGGGCUCCGUCCAGGCCUUCUCCGUAGUGAGAACCAUCCAACCCCAGCCACAUCCUCAGCUGGUGGCCUAUGCACCGUCCCGUGGCGAGUUUCCCGUGGCAAGUGGCCUAGCCCAGGGCUAUGUCCGGUAUCUGGACGGCACGGGAGCGGAGCGCCUGCUGGCCUACAACUAUCCCGAGCCGCUGCACGGCAUCCGUGCCAGCCCCAGCCUUUUGCGAUCUGGCCUGGCGGAAGAGCAGCAGGACACUGCCCUCUUUCGGGCCUGGUGCGAGCAGCGCUACAACGUCAUGCGCCUCGAACUGGAGCGCCUGCGCGCCCAGGGACUGAAGCCCUCGCCUCAAAUGAUGGCUCAGUUCGAGCCCCUCGAGCAGAUCGUCAAGUACUCGGCCUUUGAUGCAGUGCCUGGUCUCAGUCCGGAGGUACAGCGUGCCCGUGACGAGCAGUUGCGUAUCUGGAACGAAGCGCGGCUGGAGGUACUGCGCGCAGAACAGGCACAGCAGAUUAUGGGUCACUAUACAGACUUCAAGCCCCAAGAGAACAUCGUCCAUGUGAAGACUGCCCAAAAGGAGGCGAUCCCAGUGAUCUACGGCCAGCAGCAACAGUACCAGAUCAAGAGCUCCAACCCCCUGGUGGCCACGAAGACUAUAGAGACACCGCAGACGCACUCCUAUGGACAGUUUGCUCCUAGUCCGCAGAACCCGUUCCUGUUGAAGGCUGCUACGAUUCCCGUAUACACUGGCCCCACCAAUGAGGCACCCCAUCCUGUGGAGGAAACCCCAGAGGUGAAGCUGGCCCGCGAGCAGCAUCUCAAGCAGUUCAACGAGGCCCUACUUCGUCAACCUGCCCCUGCGCCCGAGACCCCCAUACUAAAGACCAUUCCUGGCAUUCAGCAGCCGCAACCCAUCGCCACCUAUCCUCAGGCCACCAUCAAGACAGUCACCUAUGGGGAUCAGCAGGUCCCACAACCCGUGGAGGAGACCCUGGAGGUGAAGCCGGCCCGGGAAGAGCAUCUCAAGCAGUUCAACGAAGCUCUGCUCCGCCAACCUGCCGAUGAACCCAUCCUUAAGACCACACCAGUACUGCAGCAGAAUCUUUUCACUCCUUCCCAAGCCAGCAUUAAGCCCAUUCAGACACCUCAACCUGUGGAGGAGACUCCGGAGGUGAAGCUGGCCCGGGAAGAGCAUCUCAAGCAGUUCAACGAGGCCAUUCUCAGACAACCCAUUGAUGUUCAGCAGCAGCCGCUGAUACCGAUUGCGCCCUUUGCUCCUUUGCCAAAUUUGAAGGCUGGCCUCGUCCAGGGACCCCAGCCAAUCCAGGACACUCCCGAAGUUAUUCGGGCCCGCGAGCAGCACCUCAUCCUGCUUGGCCAGGCCAAGCUGAUGGCGGAGGACAAGGUGGCCGAUAUCGAGGACUUGAUUCGCCUCGAGGAGCGCGAGCGGGACAACGAGAAGCUGCGGGAAAAGGAGCGGCAAGAUAUGGAGCAGAAGGAGGCUGCACUGGAGCAGUUGCGGGAACAGGAACGCCUCAGCCAGGAGACGCGCCUCCUCGAGACCGAACGUCUCAAGAUCGAGGAAGAAGACCGCCAGCGGCUGUACUCCGAGCGGGAGGCCGAGCAGCAGGAGCUGAAAAGCACCAACUACGAGACGGAGACUCCCACCGACAGCUCCAUACCCAUCUUCCUGAAUGUCGGUGCCGGUGCCGAUGCCGCGCAGGGUAACAUCAAGAUCCUGGCCUCCCAGCCAGCUCCUGCUCCAGCACAGCCGCAAGGACAGACCAUCAGCCAGCAGCAGUCGGUCCAGAACGGAUUCUUCCUGCGCAUCCAAACGAAUCAGCCCAAUGCCAUCCAGACCUCCACGGCACCAAUCAGUGGUCCAUCGAUUGUCUAUACGGACAAGGGACUGGGAAAUCCCUUCCUGGUUCGCUACACCGAACAGUUGCAGCAGCCACUUCAGGUCCUCCCAUCCUCCUCGGUUCCUAUCGAGAGUACUGGAGCCAGCGAACUGGAGCUGGCUACCCGGGAACACCUGCGUGCCCAUGAGAUCGCGCUGGAGCAGCUGCGUCUGGCCAAUCUGGGGAAUCCCUGGAACCCCGACUGUGACCACUGAGAAGCGAGAUGAUCCUUAAGAGACCCCCUACCAACCAUCCAAUUCGAUUCACUUGCAUUGCCCUUAGGAUAACCAAGACACCCACGAUAUUCGCACUAACAGUAAAACCCAUUAUUCACACUCACACUGACACCCACACCCACACCCUCAUACUCAUACUCAUACUCGUACACCUGCAUAGCUUAAGCUCCCAAUUCGAAAUGCAUUCAGUUGAUAUACAACGCAAAAACGAGA